ACAGCUCCUCCUAUCUUAUCCCAACCUCCAUUGGCCUCUCCCGCCUAUAAAUUGGCUUCACAUUCAUGGGCAUCUAUCUCAUCCAUCACACAAGCUAAGCUACCUAGCUACUACAAAGUACUUGCUGGUCAAUAGGUCGACGAGGGUGAUGUCAAGCAUGUCGUCCAAGGGUCUCGUUGUGUUUGCUGUCCUGCUUGCUGCGGCUUUCCUCGUGGCUACGGCUGAACAAACUCAGGCCAAGAAGGAAGAGACCAAGGCCGGUGUUCAGGGUUACCACGGCGGCGGCGGCGGUGGCGGAGGAGGUGGCUACCAUGGCGGCGGCGGCGGCGGGUACCCUGGCCACGGGGGCGGCGGGGGCGGGGGCGGGUACCCUGGCCACGGGGGUGGGGGCGGUGGCGGCGGCGGGUACCCUGGCCACGGGGGUGGCGGCGGCGGGGGCGGGUAUCCUGGCCACGGUGGUGGCCGCGGAGGCGGCAGCGGCUGCCGGUACCAGUGCUGCGGGCACGGGCAUGGUGGCUGCCGCUGCUGCGCAAGCCCCGACGAGAUCCCGGAGCCCAUGUACCGGGCGGAGGUCCGCAACUAAGUGCAACACGCAGCUACGUUACGUACCAAUGCUACUGUUGCUAGCUGCACGCACGUACUAAUAAACUACUAGGUGCAUGUAUGCAUGUACGUAUACGUACACACUGCACAGUUAUCCUGUUUCAAUAAUACCAGGAGUCUGUUCUGGUCGUGUAUUCACCCUGUAAGACUUCUCUUUCUUGCAUAAUAUACUACUCCAUCCGUUCUUAAA